AUGGGCCUCGAGGUCCACUUCUCGCAGGAUAUGGAUAGUGAUCCAGAUCCAGCAAUGCCAUCGUCUGGGACGCCUACGCAUCCCAUAAGUAUUUCGAGCGGUUCGUCUUUUGCGGGAUCUCCCUAUCGAGGUCCCGACACUUUUAAAGAAUGGUUUGGGCAAUGGGAUUUUGUUAACACCCCUUCUUUUCACAACACUCCACCACAACCUCCAUUGGAGGAACCGCACUUCGAGGCGGUAACUCCACCGCCAUUGCCAAUUGAGGAACCACCUCAAUCACCUCCUGAGCCACCAAGACGGAGGAGGAACGUACGAAUGUCCGUGCGGGGGCGGGGGGGGGGGGGGGGACCGAGAUUCAGUUCCCCACAAGCUUCAAGCAGUUACCCUCCGAUCCCCGAAUAUCCACAAAUGGGUGGAUCUUCUCACGCGAUGCCGGAAAUUGAUACCACGUCGGUCACCUUUGCACCACCGCUACCGCCGACGGGCUAUGAAAACCCAAUACCUACUUACCCAGGUUCGAUUGGGUAUAACCCGUUUGAGUAUCAAGCUCCUACUGGUUAUGAAUAUCAAGCUCCUGCUCACGACCCGUAUGUCGAGGCAGCUAAAUUUAACGCUCUUUAUCCCUCACAGUUUCCACCAGCAUACUCAACUAGGUAUCCCGUACAAGGGUAUCAAUACCCUUCUUAUCAUUAG